AUGCUUUCUAAGGAGGUUCUGGGGGAACUGCCGGAAAUAGUUGCUGUUGUUACGGAGGAGGAACCAUGGACCCUAUGUUUUGAUGGGUCUUCUACAUCAAAAAGUGGAGGCGCAUGUGUAGUGCUCAUUAAUCAUGAGGGGCAAGCUAAGGCCCUCUCGUUCAAGCUAAAUUUCUCAUGCACAAAUAAUACGGCAGAGUAUGAGGCUUUCAUUAUGGGGAUGUCUACAACAAGGGAGAUGGGUGUAGAAAGAAUUAAAAUUAUAGGGGACUCAAAUAUGAUGUUGAGUCAAUUACAAGGGAAUUUUACUGUGAAAGAGUCAACAUUGGCGUCAUAUUGUACAACUGCUAAAGGGCUUGUUCAUUCUUUCAAACAAGUUAUGUUGGAACAUAUUUCAGGGGUUACUAAUAGAUAUGCUGAUGCAUUGACUACUUUGGGAUCGAAGCUUUCAUUUGUUGAAGAACAACCCUACAUUGCCGUGAUCAAGAAAGACAUGCCAGUGAUCGAAGAAAUGGCUCAAAAGCAGCCGCUGGAAGAAGGUGGCUGGUGGAAACUUGUGAAGGAGAAGAUAAGGAAGGGAAAUGACAUCAAGGAGUUAAAAGAUUAUGAUAUCAUCUUUGGGGAACUGUACAGACGCCUUCUAGGAGGUAUUUUGACCCGCUGCAUAAGGUCAGCAGAAGCACGAGUGAAGCUCCAAGAAGUACAUGAUAACACUUGCAAUUUGGAACCGAUAAUCAUUUGUAUCGACGUCUGCAACGCAAGGGUUAUUACUGGCCAGAAAUGA